AGUAAUUUUUGACAGUUUACGAUUUCGAUUUAUCCGGAGUAUUUUUGUUGCAGCAAUUAUUUCCAAUUAACUUUGUCUUACAAUGAAUUCCGAUAGAUUUAGGUUUCCAAACGUCUAAGCACUUGAAUGUAUUAAUUGCUUGUUAAGAAAAUGAUUUGACGAGAGUGUCGAAAGUGCCGGUUGCAAGAAUGUCGGUCCAAGACGAGCUGGACGACUUCAUAUUUCGUCCACAGCAGCAUUUGGACGCUAAAUGGCAUAAUCCUGACUUACAAGAUGCCCUACACAAUCCAGAUUCUCUGUGCACUUUGUUUAACAGUUUGAUGCAGGAUAGGGAGUUGUAUUUCGACGCCGGAAAGGGCCUAGUCAAUUCCGCAGGAGUGACUGCGAAACUCGGCGAAAGUGGCAAAUAUUACUGUGGCCUUAGGAUUUUAACGUGCACCUGCUGUGAUGGAUUGUGUGGGCCCCAUUCUGGCUGUGCUUGCCCUCCUUGCACAGCCCUCUCUGCUGAGGAAGAACUACGGAUUGCCAUUCAGUCCAAAUUGGUGCCACCACCACCAUCAUUCCAAGUUAUAGAUGAUCUCAAAUGGAAACAAGAUCCUGGUCCAGAAUGCUUGCAAAAUCUCAUGGAGUCCUUGCUUUGGGAGCAGCGUGUGCGAGCUAUUAACACAGCUCUCAGUUGUCCCAACAUAGCUCAAAUCCGUCGCUUAAUAGUUCUCUGCAAUAGACAUCUCAUAGCCGUUAUUAGAGAUCAAAGUCAUUAUAAAGAAGUAAAAAAGGUUAAGCUAGAUAAGAAGCCCCCACAUGCAGUCAGUAACAGGGCCUUGAGCAAUGUAGUCAACACUCUGAACAAGACAGUAGAGCUUGCUGAGACCCAGGAGGAUAAUGAAGAACACACUGAUGACUCAGAGAAUGCUCUAGGCUUGGCCCGAGUGGGCGCCCGAGCGGCCCUCCGCCUGGCCCUAUCUCUAGUCCGGCGCGCCUGGCGCUGCGGUGAAGACGCCGACGUGUGCUCAGCGUUGUUGCGUGACGCAUUGGAUGCAGUUCGCGCUUUGCCCGACGCUGCGCUAUUCGCAGGCGCCGGCGCCGCGCAACAGGCACCCCGGUCGCAGAGGAUAUGGGCUGAAGUGGUUGAUAGUGCUGCCAAGUUCUUGCAUCAAGUUGUUGCUGGGGAAGUGGGUUGCAACGUGCCGCUAGGCGACUGGCGGACGUCGCUCUGCGUCUGGGUAGAGCUAUGUGCGCGCCGAGCAGAACUACCCGCGCUUUUGAAAGCAGCUGAUGUUUUAGUGACGUUACCGCCGCGGCAGAAGAGACAGCCAGAUAACAGAAUAACCCUGGAAGAAUGUACCGCGCCUCUAGGGCCGUUCUUGAGACGCAUGGCCAAGGUCACAGCACCGAACCCAAUUAUCAAUAAUGAACCGAGUACAGAGACUAAUCCCACUGAAAUAUACUUAAAAGAUCUGAACAUUCCUGCUGGUGAUGGAUUGAUGGAAGUGAGAAAAGCUGGUAUCGCACUGUUAUGCCAUCUAGAUAGACUCGGAGCACCACUCCUGCCUCCUUUAAAAGGAUUUGUCACGUGCACGGAAUCGGCCCAAGAAGUAGUUUCAGUGGGAAUCGGUCCGUUACAUCUGGGAACUUUAAGAAUUCAGCAAAUUGCCUGCGCCGAGAAACUCGCGCUUUUGUUGACACAAGACGGCGUGGUGUACACGUUGCCUUACGAUACAAUGAUGCCUCAACUUGUGCCUGGUCUAGAAAACAAAACCAUAACCCAAGUGGCGUGUCACUCAGCCGGCCGCCAUUUUCUGUGCUGUUCCUCUUGUGGAGGGGCGUGGUCUUGGGGCGCCGGGGAAGAUGGCCGCCUGGGCCACGGAGACACGGCGCCUAGAGACGCACCCGCUUCUAUACACCACCUCGCACACCACGAAGUCAUCAAAGUAGCCGCUGGAGUUGCUUGCAGUGCCGUGAUAACGUCAAGAGGCGCACUGUACACUUGGGGACGCGGUACACAAGGCCGCCUAGGACACGGGACCAUCGAGAACUGUCUAACACCACAACCCGUCUCAUUCUCCGCCCAUAACAUAGAAAGAGUCAUCGAUGUAGCUCUAGGUUGGGGCGAGAGUCAAACUCUUUGUUGCACGUGGGAGGGAGCAGUGCAAGUGUUCGGCGACAAUGAGGCAGGAGCGCCGCGGACUCUGACGUCACUCUCUGUGCUGAGAAUCACUCGAGUGUACACGGGUGAACAUUGGCAUGCAGCUCUUACUGACUUAGGCCAAGUGUACACUUGGGGAAAAGGUGACGGAUAUCGUCUUGGGCAUGGAAACUUAGAGACGAUGAAGAUUCCUAAACUAGUUGAAGCUUUUCAAGGCAUUAGAGUCGAAGAUCUAUCAUUGGGAGCCUCACACGGAAUAGCUUUGACGUCUGAAGGAUUGUUAUAUGCAUGGGGUACUCUUGAAAGAGCUCAAAUAUCUCGCCCAGUUCCACAGUUGCUACAAGUGUUGAAUCCGUCCUUCAAAGCCAAUGGGGUCACAAGUGGACCAUACCAAGUCAUCGUAUGGAGUGAAGAAAGUCCCAGAGAUCUUCCGUCGUCCAUGCCAUUUGUGAUAGAUUUAUCUGAUAAUACAUUCAAGUUACUGGAAAGGCUUUUGAGAAUCGUAGUCGAACAAAGCACUUCAACGUCAAUCAAAGAGAAUGAGUCUUUAGCCAUCUCUUGUCUCAACCUUUUGAGACUACAAGUGCACGCGUGGCAAUGCUCUCGUGGAACCGACGUUGAAUCAGACACAGAAAACCGGUCAUGGUGUACCGGAGUCCACACGGCUCUAGUGGCUCUAGUUGAAGGCCGAGCGGGGUCGGCCGCUGCCGCCGCGGCCAGACGAGCCCUGGCGGCGGCCUGGCCUCUGUUGCUGCCUACACCACAGAUUAGAGCUCAGCAUCUCAUCGCGCUGUUGCCGCAAGGAGCAGUCCCGGCCAGCGCAGGCGCUCGUUUCAUGACGGAGCUGCUAGUUUGGUCGCUGCUCGGAGGCGGCGGGUUGCGUGACGCGCUACGUAACGCGUUGCAAGCCCAUUCCGCUGAUGCAUACAAUCAUCUGCAACUUGACGUAGAUUACGAUCAAAUCGAUAUAGUGACAGGUCAGCGCGGAACCCAAACAACUGCUAAUGGAGAAGACGUUGAAGCUAUUCCAGGGUGCGCCGAAGAGUAUCAGAUUAACAAUGCCACCGCAACAGAUAAGUGUGCUUCAGUACCCCUCAUGCAUUUGGUUAAACACCUCAUCCGUAAUACAAGCUGCCAAACCCAGAUGCACUUAAAUGGAAUAAUGAGCGGCGAUACCAGCAAGACUGAUGAUCCCAAGAACCAUGACACUGUCAGUCCCAGUUGCGAUCUACUCAUUAGAUUCCAAAGGUUGUUAUUCUGCGAGGCAAUGUGGUCCCGCGGCGGACGUAGCACUCGCGGCGGAGUGCGAGCUCUCAUGACUCAAUACGCGUCACUUCUAGCCGACCACGUGCAAUCCACCCUCAGUUCUUUCAUACGCGCGGUGCACAGAGCUGAUAACACGCAGUUGGUCGCGCUGUGUGAUGUCAUCAUUUCGGAUAUUGUUGGUCGCGUGGUAAGCGAGCUAUGCGCAUGGGUGAACGCAUGCGGCGCGCGGAACGCGGUCGCUAUAUCGGACUGUGGCGCCUCCCUUGUGAAGAUAGCGCGCGCGUGCGACGAAGCGGGCCGCAUAUUGCCCUCAGCAGGGAAACUAGACGCAGAUCUGCUGGGCUGGCCAGGCCUGAUAUCAAAGAAGCAGCAGCUGAAUAGCAGCGUUAUAAGGAAGUGUGACCUCCAAAAUCAUCUAAAAGAAGGCGGCUCGUGGAUCAUAAUAGCUGGCCACGUGUUCGACGUGGACAAAUUCGACUGCGACAACGCCGGCACCGUCGAGUUGGUUCGCAAGCUGCGCGGUUGUGACGCGACCGCUGCUUUAAGCGUUGAGCCACACGCGGCUUAUUUGCCAAGGGUGACUGAGAAAUGUGUCGGGAUGUAUGCUGAACAGAUUAACAGUCACAAGUGUAAUGAAAGCACUUCAAGUCUCAAAGCGCACCAUAUUCUGUCAUCGUGCGCGUUCAACUUGGCCAUCGGGCUGAGUCAGUGCGGGGUGCGGCUGGCCAAAUCGCUGCCGGUACAGCAGGCAGAGAGAGACGCGGCGCCGUUUGCGGCUGCUGUCUUCUUCAGGGGAGGGCUGCAGGUGGCGCAACCAUCAAACCCAUUUGAGGAAGAGAAGGCAGAGGCCCGCAGCGGAUCGUCCACGGGAGGCAACAGUCCCGCGAGCGACGCGCCUCCGUCCCGUAGUUCGCGACCCACGCCCAAGGUCAAUGCGUCCUCCACAGCUAGGGCUGACGCGCUACUGUUCGCGCUUGCUGAACCGAAGCUACACGACCCCCUAGCCCUCCACUUAUGGUGGGCAUGCGAAAGGCGGGAAGGAUGCGCCCCCCACUUCCCACCAGAACAUCCCUUGGAAGAGUUAAGGCGAGCUCUAUUGGCUGUACUCUUGUAUCACGCAGGGUUGAAGGAGCACGCUUAUGCCACGGCUUCUGCUGAAAUGGAAAAAGGUGAAGUGAAGUUGUCUCCUGCUAUGUCCGAAAUAGUCAAAGCAGUUCAGCAAAGCAAGUGGACUCUUAUGAGGACCAGGCAACAGUUAUCUCGCGGCUACAAAGAGGUGUGUGCGGCGCCUUUAGAAAGGGCCCGAUUCCUGUUGCACGAGGUACGGGCAGCAAUGUCACCUGCUAUUGCAGCUUUACAUUCCCGACCGCCGUCGCGACGCCCUUGCACUGCCAAAAAGAUCUUUCAGAAGGUCAUGAAGGCGGCGAAAACUCCUAGUUUUAAUAAAUGUUUCGAAACGACCAAAGAUCUCAGGAACCGACAGAACAGUUUGAGCAAAAGUAUGCUGAAAGCAACUGGCAGCCUAUUGCAGGGCGAUGCCUUACUGAUCAAAUCAUCCAUAGCGAACGCUAGCAAGACUCCUGAUGAUGCGCCCAGUAUUAUAGUCGAACAUCAUAGGGGUCACGCUAUCGACGGUGCAGGCGACAAAAGUCAUCACCACAAAAUAAAACUAAAAACAAAAGAUAAACUUCUAGAAAAAGAUCUGAAAAACGCUUGCAAUAAUGACGACAUGCGAAACGAAGCGCGAAGCGAUUUUAAAUUGACCGAGAGAGAAGACAUUUUAGACAAAGAUCACGACGAUAAAACACCCACGAACGAAGUAUCGAUUAGUUCAAUAAACGAUAUGACUGAUAACUCGAUUCUAAAAGAAUCUAUGGAGAGCGAGAAGCAAGUGAUGUUGCUUGCUGAUGAUCUCAAAACUGAUCUCAUUAUGGCUGAUGAAGAAAAAGAUGACGAUAAUUCUGAGAGGAACAAAUUUGUGAAUGCAUGGGUUUCGAGGUUAGCGUGUGAAAAGAAAGAUCUCUAUUGGUUGUUAGAAGAAGUAACUCCUGAGCAACAAAGUUUAACAACUGCCAUUAUAGACUUUGUUAUGACUGAAGAUCCCUGUGAUAUAGAUAUACUAAGAAGAGCUUUAUAUUGUCAGACUCAAAGGGCGGAAAUAAGAAGGAAUGGAUACAACAUGAUAAACAGCAUUCUUCACUCUACCCAAACUAUGUCGGAAAGUAUUAAAUACGCGGCUCUAGUCGGUAUGUUGGGUGGGUCUAUAGCGGACACGGCUCCGUACGCCCCAAUAAAACCAACUAUACCCUUAUCUCCGCCUUUGAAAGGCAUCGAAUCUGUGAUACCAUAUUCUAAGUACAUGGUGCUUCUGGAGAGGUCGAAAAUGAUGGACUUUAUUCUCUUAGAGUUAAAAGCGAGAGUGUUAGAAGGCGAGCAAAGUCAACCGCUGCCUUUGAAGAUGAGUGCUAACUACGGUGCGCAUGCGUUGUUGAAUAAACCUUCGAGGGCUAGGUUUCUGAUAACCUUACUGUCACUGCUUAUUGAGGGUUGUCAGGGUCCGGAACUAGAACAACUAAUAAACGGCGGAGCUUUGAGUGCAUGUCUCACCUUAUUGAAACAAAUCGGCGGUGAUACGUCUCAACAUUCCUCGCUUAUUUGUCACGGUAUCAAGUCUAAAUCUGAAUGCUUGAUAAUAUACGAGGAUGAAAGACUUGGGGCUCGCGCGCGUGGCGCAUCAUUAUCUGGACCUGAAUUGGCAUCGUUGAUGAAAAUUGGGACUCGAGUAGUGAGAGGAAAAGACUGGAAAUGGGGCGACCAGGAUGGAGUACCCGGUGGAGAAGGUCGUGUUAUAGGCGAGCUAGGUGAAGACGGCUGGGUGCGAGUGGCGUGGGACGCCGGCGGUACUAACUCCUACAGAAUGGGCAAGGAAGGCAAAUACGAUCUCAAACUCGCUCGGUCGCCAUCCCCGCCGCCGUCUGUUGAUGAGACUGUGCAAGGCGUUGUUGACAACAACAUAGAAUGGUGGCCAGUGAGCGAAGUCCGCAGCGCUUGCACGUGCGCGGUGCGUGCGUUAUGCGCGGGCGCCGGCGCCGGUAGCACGCAAGCUGCUGUCGGAGUCAUCGCGAGAAGAAACGUCGCUGCGUUACAGAGAAGAUUGUUGGCGUUAGCGCAUGCUCAUGCGACGCCACCGCCCACCGCGUUCGCUGCGCAUAAUCAUACGGCACUGGCUUUGCUGAGAGCGAGUGCCCAAAGUCCCGAAAUGAGAGUAUCCUUAUGCACUGACUCGUGGUUCGAACUCUGCUACAGCCUGGUGUCGGCAUCGGACAAACCUAUUACACUAGAUCUCAUUUACUUGCAAAUUCAAUCACUAUGGCUCUUACGUCGAGUAUUGGUUGAGCACAGUGGCAGUAGCGAAUGGCGGCGCACAGUCGGCGCCCAACUGUUAGCUCUGAUUGGUCGGCUGUGGCUAGAAACGCAUACCUAUGAUCCGGCAUUGAGACCUCCCCCGUAUGGGAUUGGAUUCAGUGGCGAUGAGGAAGAAGUUGACAACAGAUGGCGUGCCCCAGCUACGGCAAGUUACACUGGCGCCAUGUGCGCGGCUCUAGUGCAAUUAGUGCGACAGUUGCACGCCGCGCCGCAGUGGCACGCGCCGAUCACUGCGCUGAUGUUGGACAAGCUGCAGUUGGCUGCGCAAAUGGUCACAAGUGACUGGCAUUGGUGGCCGCAUACUAGUCAAGAUCUGACGCAAACGAUCAAACCUUCGCCACCUAGCCUCGAAACUUGUUUGAUAGCGGGUGCUCUGGGAGUUGCGGGUGGAGUUGAAUGGCGUUUUAGACUUGGGCAGAAAGUGACAGCUGGAUCCCCGCCUCGGAACGCGAUCGUAACUCAACUGUCACCGAGAGCCAAAGUCACUUUAAUUUAUGAUGAUAACACAGCCACCAAGACUGAACUAAACUGCCUCGUGAAUGCUGAAAGCGAGCGGCUGACGCAACCGCUAGGGGGCGGUGAGAGCGCACUGCGCGUUUGCGCGGCGUUGCUCGGCGCUGGGCCUCAUUCGUCGCCGAUGCAUCCUCAUCAUUUGCCUGCCGAAGUGGACCUAUUUGGACUAAGAAGACAACAGAUGGAGUUGCUAACGCUAUGUGCAGUACGAGGUCUAUUAACAACGCGCACGCGUCUCCGAAAAGUUUUGAUGCAACCACCUGACAAUACUGGCAACGUAGACCGAGGAACAGUUCUAGGCACAGAAGGCACUUUGCUCCGACGAAUGCUGGCGUUAGCAACUAGACCGAGUCCGCUAGCGGCGUCGCACACCCCUAGAGAACUGGCCGCGGCAGCCAUCGCUAUUGUCCAACAGCUGGCCGCCCACAUUAAUGGUGAAGACAAAGACCAUGAUUCGCCACCAGACCUACCUAUCAUAGACAAGAGCAACGUGAUGCAGCUGUCUAUGGGUCCGUCUACUAGCACGGCUUCUCUAUCGCGGAAAGAUCUCAAUACCUGGGCAAAUUCGUCUCAAGUUCAGCAAGUUAUUGAGAUGGGUUUUUCAAGGCACGCUGUUUAUGGCGCCAUUCAAGCAUUGGGUGGAACGACUCUUCCGUCCGUGGAAUCUUUAGUCGCAUAUUUGUUGGAACUGCCACAACAAGGGAUGGACGACACGGUUUUCGAAAUAAAACCUCACUCGUCUAAAAUAGAGAAAAAACAAACGCCGUACCGCUGGCGUAGUUGUUUCGCUUCUGAAGAAGAAUACGCCCAGUACUUGUCUGACGUCAUCACUCCGGGGAUGACAGUGCGGUGUUGCAAAGCUUAUGAAAAUGUUGCCUUGGGUGACGUGGGUCAAGUGCAGAAAGUGGAAAGAGAUAUAAAGCAAAACGUCUUUGUACACGUGGAAUGGCGCGGUCUAGGCCGCGUGUGUGGAGUCCGCGCGGUACACGCUGAAGUGGUCUCAGGCGGGCCGCCCUUCGCUGUGGGAGACCGAGUUAGAGUCCGAGCGGCCGUCACCCAGCCUCGGUACAAAUGGGGCUGCAUAGACCACACCAGCGUCGGCACGGUUACCGCAAUAUCAAGCAACGCCCGUGAUCUGACUGUGGACUUUCCACAACAACCCGGUUGGACUGGUCAAGUCAGUGAGAUGGAACUCGUCACUGAUCAAUCGGAAUGGGGCGAAAGUGCUGGUGGAGUGGCAGUAGGAUGGCGAGGGGCGGUGAGGGCAGUCCGCGUGUCUUCAUGCCGCCCCGGCGCUGGGGCCAGACGUUUGCUGGACUCCCAACCUCAUACUUAUUGGCAGAGUUCUAGUGGCACUGGCCAGCAUUGGAUCCGGGUUGAAAUGCGUUGCGGCGUCCGCGUCCGACGACUAGGGCUGGGCGUCGCGGGUGGGACCCACGGGCCCGCCGCUUUGACCGUUCGCGCGGGGUCCAGCUUCGAAGACGCGGCCCUGGCCCCUCUGGCGGCGGCCCCUUGUGCGCCCCCGGCGGUCCCGGCGCAUGCCGCGAGGGACCGGGCCCCGCACCAUCUAGCACAGAUACAAUUGCUGGCUGACUGUAAACAGUACUAUCCUUGCAUCGAAAUCAGCAUAAAGCAAAACCGAAACGUGAAUGCCGAUUGCCGUGUCCAUGGCCUUUACAUAACUGGCUUUAGACCGAAUCCACUUUACAACGAUGUUUUACAGACUAUGAACUUCGUCGCUGAAGAUUGGAUGGAGAGAGAUAACCCAACAGGAGCCGUAUCAGCUGAUAACAAUCCCCCUUCUUUGCCUAACGACUGUCCUAAGGUUUACGUUUGGGGUUUGAACGAUAAAGAUCAGCUAGGUGGUGUUAAAGGCUCCAAAGUAAAAGUGCCUGUAUUUUCACCUACCCUCAGCGCAUUGCGUCCAGUCCACAUCGCUGGCGGUUCCAAGACUCUUUUCAUUGUAUCUCACGAUGGAAAGCUUUAUGCAUGCGGCGAAGGCACAAACGGACGGCUUGGCCUAGGCCACAGUAACAACGUAUCAACUCCGCGAGCGAACCCACAUCUAGCGCACACACUCGUGCGCCGAGUAGCCGUGCAUUCUGGAGGGAAACAUGCGCUUGCGUUGACUGCCGAUGGAAAGGUAUACUCAUGGGGAGAAGGUGAAGACGGCAAAUUGGGCCACGGCAAUCGCAUCACAUUAGAAGUGCCACGGCUCAUAGAAUCUCUCUCUGGCGAGCGAGUAGUCGGCAUCGCUUGUGGUUCGGCCCACAGCGCGUGCGUGACCGCGCGCGGCCAUCUUUACACGUGGGGAAUGGGAGAGUAUGGCAGGCUGGGCCAUGGCGAUGACGUCACUCAGCUGGCGCCUAAGAUGGUGGAAGCUUUAGCCGGCCUCAGGGUAGUUCAAGUCGCGUGCGGGUCACGUGACGCGCAAACCUUAGCGCUGACUGCUUGCGGUAAGGUCUUCUCCUGGGGCGACGGCGACUUCGGGAAACUUGGACGCGGUGGAUCCGACGGCUGCGCAGUACCCAUGAAUAUCGAAAGACUAAACACGCUUGGUGUCGUCCAAGUAGAGUGUGGAGCACAAUUUAGCUUGGCGUUGACCAGGGAUGGCGAGGUGUGGACAUGGGGCAAAGGCGACUACUUCAGACUGGGCCACGGCUGCGACGCGCACGUGCGUAGGCCUACUUUAGUGGAGGCGCUGCGGGGACGACGCGUCGUGCACGUGGCGGUCGGGGCUUUACACUGUCUGGCUGUGACUAGUGAUAAUCAGGUUUGGGCGUGGGGUGACAACGACCACGGUCAACAAGGCAACGGUACGACCUGUGUGAACAGGCGUCCCGCUUUAGUCGCGGGAGUCGAAGGCGUCCAAAGAGCGGCAGCGGGGUCAUCGCACUCCGCCGCGUGGUCUGUCAGACCGUCGCAACACGCUGUGAUAGAUGAAACGAAGACUCCGCACAUAGCUCCACUGCCGUUCCCUACGUUGAAAGACCCGUUGGGAGCACAGAGCCUUGGUCUGUAUUCCGAUGAAGCGGUAGUAGAAGAGCCCCAAGGGCCCAAGCCUUCUCUAGCGGCGGCUGCCCUCGGCUUGGAACCGCCAGUAGCAGUACAACAUGCCUUGUCUCUCAUAUUGCUGGCUCUACAUAUUACGCAGGCGCGCUGUCUCCUAGUCGAAGCCCUACGCGCCCACGAAGCUUGCUCGGCAGCAGUGCCGGUGUCUGUGGUCAUAGACACAGAAGACGAAGACGUGGAGGCAGACGCCCGUACUGGUGGAGGGGAAGCCCCAGCGGAUCGGGCUACAUUGCCGAGUGGUGCUAGCAGUCCCCUGAGUGGAUCAAUAUCAUCUAGACAUUCGGCUGUGAUGUCAUCAAGUGCUGUAUCCGUCGCCGCUGCAACUAUGACCGUUCAACAAGCUGAAGCUCCAAAGAUGGUGUUAGACGAUUUCACAUCGCAGCUGGGAGAAUCAGAUGCCAGAGCUCUCGUAGACUUAUUAAAAUUGGCCGCAGCAGGACGGAUACCGGAUGCCAACAAUGCUGUCAAAAUUAUUACAGAUGUUCUCAUGGCAUUAUGUGCCAGUAAGCCAGCAGUGGCCGACAUGGUGGUGGAAGUGUGCGUGUGUGAGUUAGAAGAAGCGGCCGCUGGUGGUGGCCGCGCCCCGCCGCAACCAGUCACUGUGGACAGCCCACAUCCUUAUGCUGAUGAUACGGAUAUAUCAGGCGUGGUAAAAAUCCCGGGUGCAUCGUCCUUACGAGUGGUGUUCGAGCAAGGUUGUUCCACGGAGCGACGCAACGAUCCCCUCACGAUAUCGGACUCGACUGGUCGCGUACUGGCCACGAGGUCUGGCCGCGAACCCGUCGACUGGUCGCAAGAAAUCAUUGUUGUUGGUGACGAAUUGCGUUGGAGAUUCACAAGCGACGGUUCAGUCAAUGGAUGGGGCUGGAGGUUCACAGCUCAUCCGAUACUUCCAUCUCACUCUACUGUGGAAAGUGGGUCCGAUCGUUACGUGUUAUCUAGUCCAUCGGUAGAGCUGGCCUGGCGGCUACUGGAUGGUCCGCUUCUGGCCACCAUUUCCAAUGACCACCAGCUGGCUCCACGAUUGGCUCAGGCUCUUGCCAUUUGCGCUCAAAUGCCUUCGUUGUCAUGGCGCGGCCGCGUAUGGUGCGUGCGGCGCCUACGCGGCGUUGUAUGCGGAUUGGACGGGGAAGCGGGCCCGCCGCCGCCGCCAGCCCUGGCGCACCUUCCGCAACUGUUGCACACGCAGUAUGAGCACGAGGAGCCCGCACUACGAACUGGAACACACCUUACUCAUACGCACUACCUCAAGGAGUUAGCCUGGCUAGCAUGUGGUCUGCGCAUGGACACUCGUGUCUGCACUGGUCCCGACACCGCUCGAUGGUUCAAGCGAUACUGCCUCUGCAUUCGGGCGGCCGACGCUCUCAUACGCCGCGUUCCCAUGCCGAUGCCUUUCCUAGCUGAUGUUAGGAAGAGAUUGUCGGAUCUAGGAGUUUAUAACUCGGACGAGACGAGUACCGAUGCACAGUAUCCGUGGGAAGAUAACACGAAGUUCACGCGUCAACACGACGAACAGUUGCUGCAUUGGGUCAACAAGCGUCCCGAAGACUGGACAGGCUGGUGGAGCGGCGGCUCGCUCGGCUGCGCCGUAUACGGCUGGGGCCACAACCACCGCGGGCAACUAGGCGGCGUGGAAGGAGCUAAAGUGCGGACGCCCACGCCUUGCCAUGCACUAGCCACACUCAACCCGGUGCAGUUAGUGGGUGGAGAACAAACUCUCUUCGCUGUAACGCCUGAUGGAAAAGUGUAUGCUACUGGUUACGGAGCCGGUGGACGUUUGGGCAUCGGUGGCAUCGACUCUGUUUCGCAACCGACUCUUUUGGCCUCGAUACAACAUGUUUUUAUCACAAAGGUUGCCUGCAAUUCUGGAGGAAAACACUGUUUAGCACUUUCGUCGGAUGGCGACGUGUACAGUUGGGGCGAGGGAGAAGACGGGAAACUGGGACAUGGUAAUCGAGUGAGCUACGAUCGUCCCAAGCUCAUAACAGCGCUGGCCGGCUUGGAGGUGGUAGCGAUAGCUUGCGGCGGCGCGCACUCUGCGUGCCUCACCGCUCGAGGCCGUAUCUACACAUGGGGUAAAGGCCGAUACGGGCGACUUGGACAUGGGGACUCGGAAGACCAGCUCGUGCCUAAGAUGGUGGAAGCCCUCUCGACGUACCGCGUGAUUGAUGUCGCUUGCGGUUCUGGCGACGCGCAAACUCUUUGCAUUACGGAUGACGACAACGUCUGGUCUUGGGGCGAUGGUGACUAUGGGAAACUGGGCCGCGGAGGAUCUGAAGGUUGCAAAGUACCGAUGAGGAUUGAUUGCCUAAAAGGAUUACGCGUUAUAAAAGUCGAAUGCGGAUCUCAGUUCUCUGUUGCUUUGUGUCAAUGUGGAAGCGUUUACACUUGGGGUAAAGGCGACUACCACAGAUUAGGCCAUGGCAGCUACGAGCACGUGAGACGUCCGAUGCGUGUCACGGGCAUGCAAGGGAAAAUGAUCGUCUCUAUUGCCACUGGAAGCUUGCACUGCGUUGCGUGUACGGACACGGGCGAAGUGUAUACGUGGGGCGAUAACGACGAGGGUCAGCUGGGAGACGGCACCACUCUCGCGGCUCAGAGACCACGGCUGUUGAUGGCUUUACAGGGCAAGCGGGUGACCCGCGUGGCUUGCGGCAGCGCCCACACCGUAGCGCUAUGCGUGGAAGCAGCGCGGGCGCCGCGACCGCCGCCGCCGCCGCCUUUAGAGUGCCAUCUACUCAGAGACCUCGCUACCAGCCUCAUCUGCAAUAGAUUGGUGCUACUUCAUCAAUUUUCUGAAUUAGUUUGUCCGAAUCUACCACUACUGAUUUUGGAUGGUCCCUUGGAUCAAUUGAGGACAUUACUGUUCUACAGCGUAAAAGAAGCGGCGUUUAGAAAGGCAAUUAUGGCCACAAUGGUCCGCGAGAGACAGCACGGGCCAGUGGUAGAGUUAUCCAGGGUUGCCGCGCGCCGCGCCAGACGUGGGGGCUCCGGAUUAGCAGGCGCGGCGGGAAUGCGCUCUGUAUUCGGACAAAUGGUGGCCCGGUUGCCAGCCCUGACGCACGAUGCCUUGGCACUGCCGCAUCGAGUGUGGAAGGUCAAGUUUGUAGGUGAAAGCGUGGACGACUGCGGAGGCGGUUACAGCGAGAGCAUCGCGGAAAUGUGCGAGGAACUACAAAACGGGUCCCUCCCACUUCUGAUGGCCACGCCUAACGGGCGCGGGGACGCCGGCGCGUCGAGAGACGCGUUCUUGCUAAACCCUACGGCGAAUACGCCUUUGCAUCUUAACUGCUUCAGGUUCCUAGGUGUGCUGAUGGGCAUCGCGAUCAGAACCGGCUCGCCGCUGUCUCUUUCUCUCGCCGAGGGUGUUUGGAGACAGCUAGCGGGCCAACCGCUGCGGCCUCAAGACUUGGCUGAAGUUGACAAAGACUUCUUGCCAGCUUUGUUGUGUAUCAGGGAUAUGACUCCAAACAACAAGGAACUUCAAAACUUGGAACUGCCUUUUUCGAUACCGUCAGCAGCAGGUCACGAAGUGCCUCUCUCUACGCGACAUAAGCGAGUGACACCAGACAAUAAGGAUGAAUAUGUGCAGUUGGCGUUGCAUUACAGGUUACACGAAUUCGACGAGCAAGUGCGCGCGGUGCGCGACGGUAUGUCCCGGGUUGUUCCCGCGCCACUGAUUGCUCUGUUCACGGCUGCGGAGUUGGAAACACUAGUGUGCGGCUCGCCUGAUAUACCUGUACACGCGCUUAGGGCUUCCGCUAGUUAUAAAGGCAUAGAACCAAACGCGCCGCUAGUGCAGUGGUUCUGGGAGGUCAUGGAGGAGCUAUCGGGCGGCGAGCGCGCGUUGUUCCUUCGCUUCGUGUGGGGCCGCACGCGUCUGCCGCGCGCGCCGCAGGACCCGCGGCAGAGGGACUUUGUGCUACAGGUGUUAGACAAGUACCAACCGCCAGACCACUUCUUACCAGAGAGCUACACUUGUUUCUUCCUUCUCAAGAUGCCAAGAUAUUCAUGCAAGUCUGUUCUACGAGAAAAACUCAGAUACGCAAUCCACUUCUGCAAAAGCAUCGACACAGACGAAUACGCGCGGGUGGCCCUCAGCGCUGCGGAACGCGUGUCCUCCGAAGAAUCUGAUUCAGACGAUGCGGCGCCCGCGGUACAGCCGCCGCCGGCGCUCUACUCGAUCACUAGGGUGCCCGCCUGGCUGUAGGCCGAACUAACCAGGCUCAAAAUAGUAGGGGUCACCACCACAGCCACCAGUCAAUUGGCACGUAAGAGCUGUCAAAAUUUAAGACUAAUAAAGUCUAAUGACCCCAAGCUACAUCCUUACCGCUCACGCGUAAUUAU